UUUACGUCCUGCUGGUUAGCUGACAGCUGUUGUAGCGCCUUCCCCCUCAAUAACCGCCGCGUCUGCGUGAGUCCGGUGGCUGUCCGGAGCUCCGCAAACUUUCAAAAAACGAGUAACCCGGUCGUCGAGGAUGGGACGUGUUUCUGAAUGAGGAGGACCCGUUAGAUGCCGACAGGAGGAUGAACUCCAUCACCGGUCGGGUUCUCGCCAUCCCCGCCGCCUCUGUCACCAACUCUGGAGCUUCAUCUUCUCGAGCCUUACACGUCGACCUCACCUCCCAGCAGAGACGACUGCGUCAUCUUCGGAGCAUCGCAGCCAGAAACAUUGUCAACAAGAAUGGUUCCCCACUUCUGGACACAUACUUCACCCUCCACCUCUGCAUAGGAGACAGUAUAUCUCGAGGAUUUUACAAGAGUGAAGUCAUACGAGACUCACUGAAUCCAACGUGGCGCAGCCUGGACUUCGGCAUGCUGCCAGACCUUCUGGACACGUCGGUGUCUUGCUUUGUGGUGAGAAUAUGGGGAGGACAGGAGCAACAGUAUCAGCUCCUCAUCGAAUGGAAGGUCAAUCUGGACGGCCUCAGAUACACAGGACAGCAGAUUCGAUCCAGGAAUCCAAAUGAGAUCAUAUUUGGAUUGAAUGAUGGCUACUAUGCAGCUGACUUUGAUCACAAGGAUCAGUCGGAGCGGAAGAAAAACAGUCUGCUUCAGGUCGACCAGAGUUCAGUCAGGAACUCCUACAGCGUUUUCUCUUUGCUCAGGCUCCACACAGCCCAGAGAGCCAUCAAGCAGACCCAAGUGACAGUGCAGAAGAUCGGGAAGGAGAUUGAGGAAAAGCUGAGGACAACGGCGGCCUGCACAGAACGGAAGAAAGAGCGGGAGUGCAUGCAGCUGCGUAGAGCUGUGCUGCGUAGUGAGCUGCAGCGGCAGAGGAAGGCGCUUGGCAGGGAGAUAGACCUGCGGCAGAAGGAGAGGGCACAGCUUCAGAAGAAAGAGGAAGCGUUCUCUGCUCAGUACGAGAGUCUGAAGGAGGAGAAAGAAUCCUUAACCAAGCUGCAGAAAGAAUGCACUGCCAAGAGAGAGCAGUUUCUCAAGUCCAACGCCCAGCUCACCUUCCGCUGUCGUCAGCUCCUCUCUGAGCUUUCCUACAUCUACCCCAUUGAUGUGGCUAAUCAGUCGGAUUAUGUCAUCUGCGGAGUGAAGUUGCCAAACUCUGAAGACUUUCAAGCUAAGGAUGAUGGGAGCGUUGCAGUCGCCCUGGGUUACACGGCACACCUGGUCCUGAUGAUCUCGUGCUUCCUGCAGAUCCCUCUUCGAUACCCAGUUAUUCACAAGGGUUCACGCUCCUCCAUCAAGGACACCAUCACCGACAGACUGACGGAGAAGGAGAGAGAGUUCCCCUUGUACCCAAGAGGAGAGCGGUUCCAUUUUGAAUACGGGGUCUACUUACUCAACAAGAACAUUGCCCAGCUGAGAUAUCAACAUGGCUUGACCACCCCAGACCUGCAGCAGACACUACCCAACCUAAAGAACUUCCUGGAACAUGGCCUGCUGGUCCGAUGUGACCGGCACAAUGUCUCUAGCUCCAUCCCGGUGCCGUCCAAGUCCCAGCUUGGCGUGUCUGCCGCCUCAGAGAUAGGCUACCCCUGCCACACCAGCUCCCCAGACCGAGGCCUGAGGAAAAGGGCGAGCUCGGAGGCAGAUAAGUACAGGCCAACACCUCCACCCAGCUACGAUACAGCCAUGAAUGACGAGCAGCUCCUGGGUGCCCUGGCACCACCCGAGCCUUCACCCAAGCACCUGUCCUCCUCCCUCGAUGCUGGCAUGGCCUCACUUAACCUGACCAAGACUACAGAGGCCAACGAGGAGGGAGAGCAGAGGGAGGAGAAGGAGCAGGGUGGGGAGAAUGCAGUAGAGGUAGAAAGAGGCAGAAGCACUGAUGGAGAGGCUGCACUAGAUACAAGUGAAGAGACUGAAAAACGACCACCCAGCAGCACUGGGGCACCUAACUCUUCUCCAGUGCAGGGAGCUGGUGAAGAAACAGUGGCUGCUGUUCAGCACACGGGUACCAUGAACGGUUCUUUGGUACCAGGACAGGUGCCCGUUAGCCUGGUCCCAGAGCCGCGUUGCUCUGUGGAGCAAGCUGAGGAAAUCAUGGGCACAGAGGCCACCGGCUUAGGCCUGGGGUUGGGCGUAGGAAUGGGGUUAGGGUUAGUAGAUGAGGCCCGGCUGGAAGACUACCGCUGCAUCCCUGUGGACCACGCUGUAGCCGUGGAGUGCGACGAACAUGUGCUGGGUGAGCUGGACGUGGCCGGCUUUGAGGAGUUCUCCAGGCGCAUCUAUGCACUAAAUGAGAACAUGUCCAGCUUCCGCAGGCCGCGCAAGAACUCUGAUAAGUGAGGAAGAAGACCUAGAGCGAGACAUGGAGAACCUUGCACAGGGGGUUUUGGAAAAAUACGAAGAAGUGACACGAAAUGUGUGGGCACAGCAUCUGAUUGCAGCAUCAGAAAUCAUAGGAGCUAUUCUGGAAAAAUGACCAAUUUGCACUUAUUGUAAACAUUUCCAUAGAAUAGUUAAAAGUGGAAGUACUGGUACAGUAAGCUUUACUUUUAUUUUUGAUUCCAGCAUAAAUAUAUAUUUUAAACACUGGAUACAAAACAACAAUGCACGCUCUUUUUUUGGCCUCAGUAUUAAAAAUCACCCUCUAAGAUUUAGUCAUUUUUGUAGUCUGUUCUUCAUACUAUGGACCAUUAGUGUAAAAUCAUACACUAUGAUGUGUAUUAUUUAAACCUUGCUUACAUACUGUUAAUGCUACAAGGCACAUUUUGUGCUGAACCUCAUUAUUAUCGCCAUCAUCUCUAAAUUGCAAGAUCUCUAAAAAGAUUCACAUCCAAACCCACGGUGCAGAAUCACGAGGGUACUAAAAUGUUUUUGUGCAGCAUCACCAAAUAAUGCAAUCUAUUUGUUGUUGGAAAUUUAUCAAUUAUAGAAUCAAUCACAGUCCUUAACUAAUGCACAUGAUGAGUAUGAUUGCAACUGGAAGCAUUUUUUCACAGUGGACCAUCUUCUAUCGCAGAGUCUGCUGUCCCAGUGCUUUCACAUUUGACUGUACUAGCAAAUGUUCGGAUGCCUCCCGAGCCGUCGUUCAGAGUGCAUGGCAGUGGCCGUGUGCUGGAGGGAGGACAAGGGUGUUUGUAUGCUUCACGUUCGCAUGCAGCCACUGUCACACAUCACAGUUAGGUGUCAAAUAAUCUCACCAAUGACCUUUGACCACUGCAGGACUUUGCUUCCACAAAGUGAGGUGGGAGCUGGAACCAGUCGCCCAGUCAGAGGCUCCCCAACAUGUCCUCCUCUUCAACAGCAGCUCAACCCACUGAGUUUCUCCUUCAGGUUCAGAGAUGAGGAUCAGCAUCAUGAGGGGCAGGUUGGAGCUCACGGCACAUAGCAGGGAUAGGGUGCAAUUGUUUGUCGUUUCAUCUUCAUGUGCUUUUUUUUAAAAAUGUACCCCAUCAUUAUAAACUUCAACAUUAAUGUUAUGUCCACUGAUUCUCAUAUUCAGUAGACCAAAAACUACAUUCUGUGUCUGUGUUCUGUUGGAACUUCCCACUCAGGCUUUAUUGUAAGUGUUACAAUCCCACUGUCUGUGAUUUUGUCCCGUCUCCCUUUUCUGAAUGCUUUUUCUUGCACUGAUUUUCAAAUAAUGCGUUAUUUAUGUCUCUCAGCAAUUGUGUGCUCUGUUUCAAAGGAAAUCAGUGAUUAGCUUUACUUUCCCAAGUGACAUGGGACGUCCCUCUUUAAUUCUUUCAGAUGUUACACUGAUCAUCAUAACUGGUGUGUGGUUCCUGAUAUGGACAGAUUCUUUGCAUCACCUGCCAUGACAAAGAUGGACUCUCGGCCGGCAGCCCACUUUAUGUUUCAGAGUUUCAGAUCCUGUAGUGUGGCUGCUGACUGUAUUUAAAACUAAAAGAUGAACCAUGUUAGAUAAUUUCCAUAAACUGCUAUACAGUUCAGUAAGUGACAUGUACAUAUACUUUUGUAUGAAUUUUUGUUUCCUUUUUUGGGGUUAUUAAAGACUUACAGUCCAAUGGCAUGGAUGUAUGUAGCUCCCUUUCAAA